AUGCUGCCGUUCGCCGCCUUCCGUCACCUUUGCAAGCCGAACCAGCCACCGCACGCCAGCUUCCGCCGAGUAACAGAGGAAGGAGGAUUAAGGAUGUCUGUUUGGUGCGCGGCGCAUCUACAGCACAGACUCAGGAAGACGGAUUACACCAGAACCGAUAUCCUGUCUACCGUUGAGUGCAUCAUGUUUCCUGAAGUACCAAUUGCACUGCGGAUGUCUGGCCAUCUUUUGCUUGGUGUUGUUCGAAUAUAUUCAAAACAAGUCGAUUACUUUUUUCAAGAUUGUAAUUACCUAGAGUUGCGGUUAAAAAAGGCGUUAUUGCCAAUGACUGUCAAUCUACCUGAAGGUGCAACUUAUGAUAUCGUAACGAAUGUCAAUCUACCUGAAGGUGCAACUCAAGCAACUUAUAAUUCCAUCACUUUGCCAGAGACGUUUCAACUCGAUGCAUUACAAUCAGAUUAUGAUUUACGUGCAGAGAGGUUUGUGGAUACUCACCUUAAACCACAGGAAGAGAUCACGCUGGAAGAUCAAGUUCCCAUUGGAGGUGAUCAAUAUGUUGCCAUUUAUAUUGAUGAGGAUGAGGGGAGGGAGUUAUCAACUGAGAAUAUUGCCUCUGGAUUGCAAGCAACACCUAUGGAGAUAGACCCUAAUUCUCCAGUUGGGGAGGGCACACCUGGUGGUCCUCAACAAUCUCCCCCGAGUGCCCCGGGAGGGCUAAAUGAAAGCGCGGGUCAAGAGGCUGUUGCUCAAGAGUUUCUGGAAACUGAGGUUAUGCGCGAUGCUUCACAUGAUGUUGGUGUUCCUAGUACUCCGAUGUGGCAAGACAGGAGGGAUGAUGUGUUGGAGCCUGACCUUGUUUUGGCGGAGCAGGUGACGAAAGAUGAUCAAAAUGUUUCGCCUGUAGUUGAGGAAAUGUUGCCCUCGGGAGGGCGUUCUUCCCCGCCUCAACGCCCCGAGCACCCUUCAGCUUCUGCAGAAGUCGGCCAAGGAAACACCAGUUCACCCCUGUCAUUUGGGAACGGGUCACCUGAACUAGCAAUGCGCCCAUCCCCGCCUCCACCACCUCCCCCUCCUGAGCCUGAGCAGCGACGGGCAAGGCAAAGAAAGAGGAAGCUGGUCAUCGAUGAUGCCUUAGUGUUGUCAAAUCAGGUUAUUAGGGCUGGACUAAAUGACACAAGUCGCUUGAAACGGGCGAGAAAGGAAGCUCCUCACACUUCUUUAGGAAUAUGGAGAUCAAACAAGAGACUAAAAAAGGAUGCCAUGUUCUUUGAGCCCUUAAUAACUGGGCAGUGUGGAGAUCUCUCGAAUAUGCAUGAACAAGAUUUCGUUUUUGCAAGAGCUCACCCCUCGUCCACAGAUGAGACUCGUGAAGAGGCCACCGGUGCACAAUCUCCCCCUUCCUUGGGGCGUGAUGAUAUGGAAAUCGAACAUCUUCGUGAGAAUGUAGGCCCUACUGAGGGCGAUAUUUUGCAGGAAGUCUUGCCUAUGCCGAGUACAUUGGUUUCCUCUCCGGUCACAUCCAUGCGUUCUCCGAGCAGGCAAGAAGAUUUUACUCCUGCUCCUACCUCAUUAGGGGCACAAUCAGAUCAGGUUGAAAGAACUAUUGAUUCCGGGGUAUUACCUACACCAGACCCUGCUGCAUCAACUGGACAUCUUCAUUCAGAUAUCGACACCCCUUUGACAAUCCCCGAGGAGGAUUUACGGUUUGAAGCCACUGCUCUAUCUGAUAUCCCUGAGUUUGACAAUUCUGCUGGGGAUUUAAGUUUUCUGGAACAAGAUGAAAGCACCCCUACUGGCUCUCAGGGAACUCCAGAAGUGGGUUUAUCUGGAAAACAAAGAACUCCAGAAUUUGAUGCAUUAUCUACCAGAACCAGAGCUGUUGCACAAUAUCUUAAAGGUCAGUCAUCGACAACCCCUGUCUCCGAAGGUCAAUCACCAGCAAGUACCAUGCCGGGACCUGGAGAUCUGAGCUUAAAUGCAGUUCUGGAAGGCAAAAGCAGGAAAAUAUGCGCUAGAAUGUUUUUCGAGACUCUUGUUUUGAAGAACUGCGGGCUGAUAGAUGUAAAGCAAGAAGAACCCUAUGGUGAUAUUACUUUGAAGACAACUUCUAAGCUAUGGAAGGAACAACUAUGAAGCUAAAUAAAAUAUAAUCAGCAUGUGAAAUUAGAGGUAGA